CUAGCUAGCUUCAAAACAUUCAUGGCAUCCAUUGUUCAUCCAUUUUCUUUAAAACCCAAAUCUCCUCAACAAAUCCACGACGUCUUCCUCAGCUUUAGAGGCGAGGAUACUCGUAAUAAUUUCACGAGCCAUCUAUAUGCCGCCUUAACCCGACAUAAAAUCAGAACUUACAUUGACAAAGAGAUUGAAAGAGGUGAUGAAAUAUCACCCUCACUUGUCAAUGCAAAAUUAUCAAUAAUUGUCUUCUCUGAAAACUAUGCUUCUUCUAGAUGGUGUUUGGAAGAGCUUGUGAAAAUCUUGGAAUGUAAGAAAAAUGGUGGUCAAAUUAUAGUGCCUAUUUUCUACCAUAUACACCCGGCACAUGUGAGGAAUCAGAGGGGUAGCUAUGGAGUUGCUUUGGCAGAGCAUGAAAAACGUUUGGAUGUGGAGAAGGUUCAAACAUGGCGGCUAGCUUUGACAGAAGCAGCCAAUGUUUCUGGCUGGGAUUGCUUGGGCACAAGGAACGAGGCUGAACUAGUAGAGCAAAUUGCAAUGGAUAUAUUACCAAAGUUGGAGUUUCUAACAAGUGGGGUAUUAGAAAGACGCAUCAACACAUACAAUCAAAUUUCACAACAAAAACUCCAGAAAUUACUUUGUACAAGUAAUCUUGCUGACAUGGAAGAACUGAUCACAACAUUAUACGAACUAGCAGAACUAAAAUUGGAAAAGGCCACACGUUCAAACAAUUCAAGUGUUUUAGGUGAUGGUGAUGUUAUGGCUUCGUAUGGGUGUGUAUCGUGCGGCUUAAAAGGGACAAAUAGAUGCCUACAUUUAAAGCAAAAGAAUCGAAGGGCUUAAAAGUUACAAUAGUUGCAAUCCAAUCGUAGUGAUGGGGUAUAUAGAUUUAUAGAUAUAUAGAUGCAAGUGCAGGAGCAACA